AUGCUCGGGCUUAUACCCAAGGAGCUGGGAAACCUACGCGGUCUGGAGCGGCUUUAUCUUCAUAACAACCAGCUGAGCGGACCGAUUCCGCUCGAGUUACAGAAGCUCCCGCACUUUGGUAAGUUCAUCACAGGGAUUGCAUUGAAUGGGCCCCCUCUGCCUGCCGUCAGAGACCCUCUCCAUGCAUUCAAGAUCCUGAUAGUACCAGUCAUCCUUGGGUACGCUGACUUGGCUUCGGAUCUCUACACUGCCGUAUCUUACUACGAGGCAAAGCACUUUGUUUGGUUUGGACUUGGGCUCUUCUUCGCCUUGGGGCCGGCUGUCAUCAUGUCCGCGUUCUGUCUCUCCGGCGUUGGGUGGUUCCGUCGUUUCUUGGUGGCGACCCAGUUGAGCUUGCUAGCCGAAGCCUUGAUUACUCUUCAAAAGGCGGACUACUCACCAGUCCUAGCGCUUGUGCGCGUCAUUGGGCCACUUUUUGAAUCGGUGCCCCAGUUGUUGCUCCAGCUGCAUGCAAUGCUUUGGCUUUGGACCGAGACAUCGUUCGCCUCUAGCCGCUUGGCAUGGCGUGUAGUCUCCGUGUGCAUCUCGGCGGCCAGCCUGGCCUAUGCGGCCACCGAUGUCUCCAGCGUAGAGAGGCUUUCGACUUGCGAUGGCGGUAUGGAUGGUGAGAGAUUCAGGCUUUGCCCAUGCUUUCCGUCCCUGACGGGAGUAGUGUUCAGUCGGGUGCCAGCGGAAGGAACCUCCAGCUUGAGAGGGGUGGGCGACGUGCAUCCGCGCAGUCACGUGUGGCUCUGCCUCGUGUACCACGUCCUCGAGAUUUUUGCUCGCUUCGUCCCCCUGGCCAUGCUAGUGCAAGUGGUACGCGGCUGGUUUUUCUUUGUGUUGGUGUAUCUGUGGGUAGGCCGGGGCUUGAUAGUGUGGAUGACAGCCAGAGAAGUCCUGGGGUUUCGAUUUUGGGUGAGGCUGGUAGCCAUGCCCUUCUUGGACUCCAUCAUGGACGAGACGACAGCGUUUGGAAUUGGCCUGGUCUUGACGCUUGUGGAGUUCAUCGUGUGCAUGGUGAUUUACCACGUGUACAUGAACGAUGACCUUCCCUCCCGCGCGAGGUUAGUGUUGGUCACAGUAGCUAGCUGCUGCAUGGUCGGCAAGAUGUGCUUGGCGUGGGUAGCCAUAUCCCCGCUGAAGGUGGAUGGGCAUUAUUCUGAGAGUCAAGGUGACAGUGUUCUUGGAGAUGGACGAGGCAGCGCCGUGACGGACGGAUCUGUAGCAGACGUGGAGAUGUCGGCAGUUGAGGACAGUAAGGUUGGGGACGGAGCAGAGGCGAGCGUGACUUCUGAGGCCGCAUCUCCGCACGGAGAAGACGGGCCAUCCGCCACCUCUGCCGUUUCGACGGGUUCUGAAAUACGCAGCCCGGGAGAUGUCCAAGUAGAGGAUGAAACGGAUGGUGUCGAGGCGGACGAGUUCGAACAAGGGUCGGAUUUGACGAGAAUGGAAGAUGGUGUGGUCGAGGAUGGGUCCAAGGCUGCAGGAGGUUCUGAAGUAUGACCUCCUGAGGGAGCGCAUCUUUCACCCGCAACGCAUGCUUUGUCAACGAUCUCGACAGUAGGUGACCCUGAGGAUGCUAAGGUGGAAGAUGGCUUGUAUCUAGGUGUCGCGGUGGCGGAUGGAUCGGUAGCAGGACUGAGUGUGACUGAUGACCAUGGACAGCGGUAGGUUGAGGGCGGAGCCAUGGAAGGAGCAUUCGGUGAGCCAGCUCGGUCGGAAUGAGCAUGACUUCCACACGCUCGAAUGCGCUACCCACCGGUUCAGUAUAGAGAUCAAACGUAGGGUGUAUUGUCUCUGUCUUAGGCUGAAUGGCGCACCAAUAAGUGUCGUUACGUUGUUCCGCGCGCAACCGAUGCUCGGAUGCAAAGGGCAAAGAGCCGAUAGAGGAUCAACCAUGUUUGGAUAUGUAGACUGCAAGAUCUCUCUUGGGUGGGAGGAAUUGUGGUGUUUUGAGCACGGGAGGUGAGGCAAGACAAUACAAGUAAGGAAACCAAAACUACUCUGAGCACUAGAAUACCACGUCUCGUUGGACCUGUUUUUUUUUCCAGUCCUCCGGUUCUUGUUUGAGGAGGUUGUAUCUUUGCCCGCAUGUAGGCUGGGCGUCUGAGUGUGCUUCUCUAGUCUGUUAUGUGUCUUGCAAGCACACCAACCUUGGGAGAUGUGCUGAGAAACCUAGCCUGCUGGAGCGCCAGCAGCGCCAAUAUCAGCAGCGUUGGUUCGUAAAGCUGUUGUGGUGGGCAGGAAGAACAGGUACCAGUAGCAGCGGUUGAAGCCAGGACGGAGACCUAUAUUUAGGACGGUGUUGACAGGAAAUGAAAUCGCGAAAGCGAGAGUAUGAGUUUUUCAGUCAUGUACAAGUCGCACUCCGCAACAACGUUCGGUUCUCUUUAGUAUUGGGUGCACUCAUGUGCUUCUACCAGAGUAUGAGAAACACGUUGGUACCU